GUGGGGAGGUUAUCCUACUUUAAUCCAGUCGUCUCCAUGGAGUGGGCUUCAGUCGAUAGCCAUUGAGUGGACAAGGGCUACCUCCGCUAACAUAUGGGAGAAUUAAUGUAUACAACUGUUAUUUAUAUCAGAAAAUGGACAGACCAUAGCGAUUAGUAAUGUAAACAGAUAUUGUUCUCAUCUCUCGUCUAGUUUGUGUGGACACCUACCUCACUCUACCAGAUUUCUGGAUUUAUCCUGUCUGGCAGGAGUAUUCGACAAGGCAAAAAUAUUAAUAUUCAUUAAGUGGUUUUGAAGAUAUUGAAUUUCAUUUCAUACUACGAUUGUCUACCUCUUUUGAAAUUAUCUUACCUUUCACGAUUGAAUUUUACAAAAACGCAUGGGGAUGCAAAAGUUUCGAGCAAUGGACGAUGGAGAGGAUGAGGGAACAAGCAAAGUCAGUGUUAAUAAGCGUCUUCUAUACUUUUUGUUAGGUUUAUUGAUAGUGGUGCCAAUUACUGUUGGGGUACUUGUGUGGUACCUAGCACCACCGAGGUCAUGUGACAAUUUACCUAAUGUAGAAGGAGACAGUGCUGCAAACACAGAGCCAGAAGUCACUUCCGCCAUCACAACCACGAAAGUGCCAAACUUUGAAAGUGAACCGUGGAAAAAUCUUCGCCUCCCUCGGUAUAUAAUACCCGUGCACUAUGAAAUAACAUUAUAUCCUGAUAUUUACGACGGGAAUGGAUGGUUUUACGGAAACGAAUCGAUUGAAAUCCGGAUCACUAAAGAUACAUCGUAUAUAUUGAUUCAUUUUAAUUACAUGAACAUCACCAAGACAAAUCUGAAGGACAAUUCCACUGGAGCUACCAUACCAAUAAAACGAACAUUUUCGUACGAAGAAAACCAGUUCUGGGUAAUCGAAACGGUAUCACCUGUGCUGAGUGGUGCUGUAGUUCGUUUGGAGACUCAGUAUGACGGCUCUCUCACCCGGUCCAUCGUGGGAUUAUACAAGAGUCGAUAUGUGAAUUCAAUCACUGGAGAAACUAGAUACCUUGCAACAUCCAAAUUUGAGCCAGUUGAUGCUCGGCGCGCAUUCCCGUCCUUCGACGAGCCGAAUGUCAAAGCCCAAUACACCGUUCACCUCGUUCAUCAGCCUGGGUACACAGCAUUGUCUAACAUGCCGGAAGUGGUAACAGUGCCUUGGUCCGAGGAUUCUAGCUUGAUGAUAACGUCAUUCCAGAGAUCAGUUGAUAUGAGUACCUAUCUUGUCUGCUUCAUCGUCUGUGAUUUCCGAUAUCUAGAGUCAAGGACCAAAUCAGACAUUCCUGUGAGGACGUUCGCUACCCCAGACAGAGUUAACCAGACCAAGUUCUCUCUUGACCUCGCUGUUCAUUCGAUGGACUUAUAUGAAGAGCUUUUCAAUGUGUCUUAUCCUCUACCAAAACAAGAUUUGAUAGCGAUCCCUGACUUUGUGUCAGGCGCGAUGGAACACUGGGGCCUGAUUACAUUCCGCGAAACUAAUAUGCUCUUUGACCCUGAAGAGGCAUCGUCAGCCAAUCAGCAACGAGUUGCAGUUGUAGUCGCUCACGAGAUUGCCCACCAGUGGUUUGGAAACAUCGUAACUAUGGAUUGGUGGGAUGAUCUCUGGCUCAAUGAAGGUUUCGCCAGUUUCAUGGAAUAUCUUGGCGCUGCCUCCUUCAAACCAUCCUGGGACAUGAUGGAACAGUUUGUGACAGAAGAUGCACAGCCAGUAAUGCUCACAGACUCCGGAAUGUCUUCUCAUCCAAUUAUCGUGGAAGUUACAAGUCCCAACCAAAUUAACGAAGUAUUUGAUAGUAUUUCUUAUAGCAAGGGGGCGAGUGUCAUUCGCAUGCUGGAAUCAGUCAUGGGGAAAGACAAAUUCUUUGAGGGUGUUGGAAAAUACCUGAAGAAGUUCGUGUGGGGUAAUGCCAAAACUGAUGAUCUCUGGGCUGCGUUGGGUAUGGCCGACGAAGCAGCCGGGCUAUCAGUAAAGGCAGUUAUGGACACAUGGACACGACAGAUGGGUUUACCAUAUGUCGACGUGACCUUCAGCUUCACCGAGAACAAGGUCACAGCUGUCCAGAAACGUUUCCUUGCCGACAGCUCUAUGCAGUAUAAUGCUACGGAAUCUCCUUACAUGUAUAAAUGGUACAUCCACCUUGACCACGUGUCGAAUACCGGAAGCGGAAGUCCUGUGUGGAUAUCUAAGAACGAAGACUCCGUUGAGUUUGAAAUACAUGCCAACCCACAGAUGAACCAGUCAGUAUGGUUCAAAUUCAACGUAAACCAGACAGGGUUCUACCGCGUGAAUUACCCAACAAACCUGUGGAUGAGGUUUGCUACUAUGUUGCAGAACGGAGAUAUCCAGGAACUUUCUAACGUUGACAAAGCUGGAUUGAUAAACGAUGCUCUCAAUUUUGCACGUGCCGGUCAAGUUUCGUAUGACGUUGCACUUAGCAUGACGUUGUACCUGGACAAGGAGUUCAACCAUCUCCCAUGGGAAAGCGCUUACACCGCCUUCGCCUACAUCUCCUCCAUGUUCCAAUAUGGCGGAUCAUUCGGGCCCUGGAGGGAAUAUGUCGUGAUGAAAUCCAAGCCCGCUUUAGAGCAGCUAGGCUGGGCUGAUACUGGCACACACCUUCAAAAAUUGAUGCGAAUGAACCUGAUCGCCUUGACAUGUGGUCACUCUGAUUCGGACUGCUUAGAUAAUGCCACUGUCCUGUUUAGAGCUUGGCUGGACAAUGGUCAAGUUAUCCCGCCAAAUCUUCGUCAACUGGUGUACAGAUAUGGUAUGGAGAAUGCAGGUACUGAUGAAGACUGGAAUGCCAUGUGGGAUAAAUACACUACUGAGACUGUUCCCCAAGAAAAAACCAAACUGUUGUAUGGUCUGUCUCGGACAAAGAAAGUUUGGCUACUAUCGAGGUACCUGGGAAUGACGAAGAAUGAAUCUUUGGUACGGACUCAAGAUUUCUUUACCGUCCUUGUAUAUAUUUCCGGAAAUCCAGUCGGCCGAAGUUUAGUGUGGAACUGGGUCCGUGAGAACUGGCAUUACCUCGUUGACAGGUUCACGUUGUACUCACGAUCACUAGGAAGACUGAUACCACGUGUUAUACGAACCUUCAAUACGGAAUUCCAACUCGAAGAGGUGCUCGACUUCAUAAAGAAACACCCGGAUGCUGGAGCUGGUGCAAGAACACGUGACCAGGCUUUGGAAACAAUCCGCCGAAAUAUAGCGUGGAUGGAACGCUACAAACCAGUCAUUACAGAAUGGUUGUGUCAUCAGGUGAAAUGUUGAGAAAUAAAACAGAAAGAAUAUUUGGAAUGUAAAAUUUUAAGUCUAAAAUUGUUAAACACUUUAUUUAUUUCUCGGUAUAUGUGACUUGCAUUCUUAUUUGUCCCAAGACGUGUUGAUAUCAGAAGGACAUAGAUACAUGUAUAAACUUAAAGUAUGAAGUGUUUCGACUUACAUCAACGAAAAACGAAUUACUAAAAUGUUUGUUGUAAUAAAUAGGGUGUUGUUCUGUUGUAAAUUCACCUUAAAUGUGUUUGAAUGUAAUGGAUAUAAAAAAAGAUGACACAAAAUCGACAGUUUUUUUUAAAUGUAAAUAUAUGUAAAUAUUGAGCCCAGGAAUAAAAAUGAGGGUAAAUGAAAUAUGUUUUUGUUUGUCGAGGAUCGUCAAACGUUGAUUGUAGUAGUGAAAGCAAAUUCUGAUCUGCAUGAGUAAAGAUAGAACAUUUAAUUGUAAAUGAAACGUUUCUUCUACCGAAUUUCCUUGGUAUAAAAUGUACACAUUGUUCAUAAUAUGUGUUUGAGAAUUAAAAAGACAUAUUGAGUGA